AUGAACAUUCAGUCUGCCAUCAACAAAGAGGUCUUCAUCCCUCGUGACGAGCGGAUGCUGGUGGCAGUGGAGGUGUGGAGGCGGAAAAGGAAGAGACUAUCCCUCCUACUGAGUGGAGCCAAAGCAGAGUAUGCAACAUUCAUCUGUGUGUCAGUGACUAACACAAGGCCACAUCAGCUCCUCAUAACAAAGGUGAAGCGAUUCAGUGGAUCCUCCUCCUUCACUGGGAGGUCCCAGUGGACUGUGGAGCAGCUCCGACAGGUCAAUGGCAUCAACCCAAACAAGGACACCCCGGAGUUUGACCUGGUGUUUGACAAUGGUGUGGACCAGUGGGUGGCCAACUCAUCAGCAGAGAAGUGUAUCUUUGUCCAGAUCCUGUACCAUGCCUGCCAGACCUACUGGGUGGGAAAAGCAGGGGAUAUUGGAAAAUCUGGAAAGGUGGGCAAGAUGGGCACCCACGAUGAGAUCAGAGCUGGUCCUAGUGGAUCCUCAUCUCGCUCUGCAUCCAGAACCCUGCAGGCCAGACGGAAAAGCUACAUCCCUCCCAAACAGACAGAGUUCAUCAACUGCCAGUCCAAACUCACAAGAGAUGCCUGCACCAUGAAUCUGGUGAUCUAUCGCUGCAAAGCCUUCUUGAACCAUAUGAAGAAAAGGAUGGUUGCAAAUCAAAACCGAUCAGCAGAUCGAGGUCAGCCUGGGCAGCGUGUCACAGGCAGCACUGUGGGUAAUGUAGUCCAGAGGGUGAACGUGGCUCUGGGGGAGCGUGGAGACAGACUGACUCGUGCUGAGGACAAGACUGUGGAGCUGAUGCAAAAAGCUCAGCAGUUUGCAGACACUGCUCACAAGGUGACAUUAAAAUACACUGGCCCUGAAGUAUUCAAAGUAGAUUCUUUAAAGAAGGAGGAUGAAUUCUACAGGAUGUUGAAGAUGAGUCUCAACAUUGGCACUAACGCUAUCUGA